AGAUUAAAGAACAUGACAACACGUCUCAUUCAUCUGCUGCAGUGCGCAUGGAUCCUCUCAAGUUAUACUUUCACUUUCAUUCGUGACACAACGGUUUCUUAAUGCACCAGUACACUGGAUACCAACCGCUGUGAAACAAGAAGAAGAAGAAGACACAAUAGCCUCGGGGUUUCUGAAAAGAAAUAACAUAGCACUUUGUUUCAACAUCUGCAUUUUAUUUUUAUUUUUUAUUUUUUUAGAAAACCUAAUGAAAAUGAAGCUGCUCUUUAUUUCGCCCUUAUUGUUCUGCUGUUUGCUCGACCAUGGUGCAUCUGGCGUUGAUACAGACAGAGUGACAGUGUCUGUGAUGGAGGGAGAUUCAGUCACUCUACACACUGAUGUUAAAACAAACCAACAAGACAGAAUUAGAUGGUAUUUCAAUGACACUCGCAUCGCUCAAAUCUCUGGAGAUCUCCGUAACAUCUGUACAGAUGUUCAGUGUAAUGGAGAUACUGAGAGAUUCAGAGACAGACUGAAGCUGGAUCAUCAGACUGGAUCUCUGUCCAUCAUGAACAUCACAAACACAGACUCUGGACUCUAUAAACUACUGUUAAGCAGCAUCAACUUCAACAAUGAAAAUAGCUUCAGUGUUACUGUACAUGGGGAGUCAUGUUUAAAAGGUACCCUUGUACAUAACCCAAAUGGUUUAAAGACAUGGUAUUUUAAUGACACUCUCAUCGCUGAAAUCACUGGAGAUCUGCGUAAGAUCUGUACAGAUGUUCAGUGUAAAGAGAGAUUCAGAGACAGACUGAAGCUGGAUCAUCAGACUGGAUCUCUGACCAUCACAAACACCAGAACCACAGACUCUGGAGAAUAUAAACUAAAGAUCAUCAUAAGGAGCUUCAGCUUCAAGACAUUCAGUGUUACUGUCACUGCUGCUGUUUUUACAAACCCACCAGAUUACAUCUUUAUCAAAUAA